CAGCUGCUGGGUUGGCUGGGCCGGCAGGACAGAGCAGUGAGGGACAGGCCCCUGCCUGGGCUACAGAGAAGCCAGGAGCCAUGAGGGUGGCGGUGGGCAUGCUCUGGCUCCUGGCCCUCGGAGGGCCCCCACAGGCCCAGGGUGCCUGCCCCUCUCAAUGCAGCUGCAGCCUCCAUGUCCUGAGCGAUGGCAGCAAAGCCAGGACAGUGGUGUGCAACGACCCUGACAUGACUCUGCCCCCAGCAUCUGUCCCUCCGGACACCUCCAAACUGCGCCUGGAGCGGACGGCCAUCCGCAGGGUGCCCGGGGAAGCCUUCAAGACGCUGGGCCGCCUGGAGCAGCUGUGGUUGCCCUACAACGCCCUCUGCGAGCUCAGCGCGCUGAUGCUCAGGGGCCUGCGCCGCCUGCGCGAGCUGCGCAUGCCCGGGAACCGCCUGGCCGUCUUCCCCUGGGCGGCGCUCAGGGACGCCCCCCAGCUGCGGCUGCUGGACCUACAGGCGAACCGCCUCUCCGCUGUACCGCCGGAGGCCGCGCGCUUCCUGCGGAACCUCACUUUCCUCGACCUCUCCAGCAACCAGCUGCUGAGGCUCCCGCAGGAGCUGCUCGCCACUUGGAUUCACCUGCACACCGGGCCCUUCCUUCCCGGUCACCAUGCCAGGUUGGUCCUAGGGCUGCAGGACAACCCCUGGGUGUGUGACUGCCGACUCUACGACCUGGUCCAUUUUCUAGAAGGCUGGGCUCCAAACCUGGCUUUCAUAGAGGCCAGGCUGAGGUGUGCCAGCCCACGUAGCCUGGCUGGAGUGGUCUUCAGCCAGCUGGAACUCAGGAAGUGCCAGAGUCCGGAGCUCCGUCCAGGGAUGACCAGCAUCAGGUCCCCUUUGGGCAGCACAGUAUUGCUACGUUGUGGGGCCACUGGGGUCCCCGGGCCGGAGAUGAGCUGGAGUAGGGCCAACGGGCACCCACUCAAUGGCACAGUGCACCGGGAAGUCUCCAGUGACGGCACGAGCUGGGCUCUACUGGGCCUGCCUGCCGUGUCCCACCUGGACUCAGGAGACUACAUCUGUCAGGCCAAGAACUUCCUGGGAGCCUCUGAGACUCUUAUCUCCCUGGUCGUCACGGAACCGCAGACAUUCACGGAACGCAGUGGGGGCCCCGGGGCGCUGUGGGCAAGGACGGGCGAGGGGGAGGAAGCUGCCGCGUAUAACAAGAUGGUGGCCAGACACGCGCCCCACGUCCCUGAGCCUGCCGUCCCGGCCACCGGGCCCCCCGCGCCCAACACGAAGGAGCAGCUGUUCCUCCAGCACUUCCAGAUGAGGGCCCCAGAAGAGCACUCGGACGUGCCGGCCGGCCCCCAGGAGGCCCAGACGGUGAGCUCCCUGAAGGUGGUGGGGGACACUUACCAGAGCGUGACCUUGGUGUGGAAAGACCCCCAGGCUGGGAACACAACUGCCUUCAGCGUCCUCUACGCGGUCUUUGGGCAGCGCGACAUGCGGCGGGUGCUGGUGCCGCCCGGGAAGACCAGCGUCACCAUCCGUGGGCUGGUGCCCAAGGUCAAGUACGUGGCGUGCAUCUGCGUGCGGGGCUUGGUGCCCCGGAAGGAGCAGUGCGUCAUCUUCUCCACCGACGAGGUGGUGGACGCCGAGGCCACUCAGCGGCUCAUCAACGUGGUGGUGAUCAGCGUGGCCGCCGUCAUCGCCCUGCCGCUCACGCUGCUCGUCUGCUGCGGGGCCGUCCGGAGGCGCUGGCGCAAGUGCCGCACCAGGGGCUCCGGCGAGGCCACAGGUGCCUACGUCAACCUGGAGAGGCUGGGCCACAGCGAGGACGGCUCGGAGGAUCUGUCCCAGCACAGCCUCAGUGAGGCCGACAGACUCCUCUCUGCUCGCUCCAGCCUGGACUCUCAGGCCGUGGGCAUCAGGGCCAGCAGACGGAUCAACGAGUACUUCUGCUGAGGACCGUGCGUCCCCCUCUCUGCACACAGCUGCCUACACACCUGCCCCCACUCUCCUCCUUCUCCUCCACUCUGACACCUGAGUCCAUGCUCACCCACUCUUACCUACCCAGGUACCUGCUUCCUCUUACAUUUACACACAACUACAACAGUUAACACUUAUAAAAGCACUUACUAUGUGCCAGGAAGUGUUCUAAGUGCUUUAUAUAUAUUAACGCAUUUAAUUCUUAUGACAGUCCUUUGCAGCAGCUCCUAGCUUACCUGGAGAAGGAACAGGGGCAGUUAGUAACUUGCCUGUAUCACUUUUUGCUGCAUAACAAACAAAGGCAAAAUCGCAGUGGUACAAGGCAACAAGCGCUGAUUUUCACACAGUCUACAGGUUGAUUGGGGUGGCUCUGCUACAUGUGUCCUACUUGGGGCCCAGGAUGGAGAGUCAGUGGCUACCUGGGGGAGGCUUCUUUCAUGGAGAUGUCAGAUGAUAGAGAAAUGAGCAAAAACAUACAAUACCUCUUAAGCUCCUGAACACUGCCAUUUCUGCCCAUAUUCUAUCUGCCAAAAUGAGUCUAAUGGCCAAAACUAAGCUUUUAACAGGGCAGAAAGGGACAGUUCUCCCACAGAGGUAAUGGUGGGGCAGGACAAACUUUGCUGAGCAGUGAUCUAACCUAUGUUGCUCACAAGCACACAGCUAGGAAGUGGCAGCUCUAGCAUUCAGCCCACACACUUGCUUCCAGAGUUGCUAGUCCUUACUACUUCCUAUACUACAUCUUGACUACAUUUAUGCUAACUCGUAGGCACUCACGUUUAAUCUUUUUAUCCAUUUUCUACAUUUGUACAGUCACACACAUACACAUCCAGAGACAAACACCAUGCCCUCACUGUGGACACUCAUGGAUUCUAAUCAUCUGAUUUUUUAGUAAAUUCGGGAGGUUUGGAUGAUGCCCACAAGACUACUGCUCAUGUACUUAGAAUCUGAGACUGAAGGGAUCUGAGAGAUCCUGAGGCGGGUGGCCUGGUGCACCCGACACUGUCCGGCACACAGCUCGCUUCUGUCCCCGUGUAGCACUCUUUGUGAUUCUAACUGAAACUUAACCUGAGUUCCUGAGGGUGUCUCAGAGCCUCCUGGGUCACUCCAUAAGCCACCUCAAAGGAGGAUUCCGGUUCAGUUUGCUUAAAGGUGGGAAACCUCUGAGAUGCAGUCUCUGUGCACAGGAGCAGGCAGAUGUUCCCAGCAGAAGGACCAGCGUUCUGUGUUGUCUAUAGGACUGUCUUCUCUCUUGGAAGAGAACAUCCAAGGUGUUUGGUGCCAAGGCCUUUGGCUAACAACUGAGGAAAGCAAGUGAUGGGACAGCUUUUUGAAACUGGGGACAGCAAGUGAUGCACCGGAAGCUAUUUUGUUAGUGUCAUCUGAGACCCUGUAUCAUCUUUAAUAUUUGCUGAAUAUAAAAAGCAAUCAUUUCUGAACUACUUCCUAUGACAUUUACGAAAGACCUUAUGAUGGAUGACCUUACAACUUCUUUUCUUGUUUUCUCUCAUUUUGAUCUUCAAAAUGACCUGUUUCGAAGCCUGGGCUAUUUGACUUAACAGACAAGAAAACUGAAGCCCAAAGAGCUGAAUAAUUUAUAGAGGACAGUGAUACAUAUUCUUGGAGGAUCUGAAUCUUUGAUAAUGUUCCAGACAGGCUGAGAGUCUUUAUUCAAUGUUGAUCUCUGCAGUGUGACCCAUAGCAGGUUUACUAUGGAAAUGGGUUUUUUUCGAGCUAAGUGAAACCUGCGGUCAGAACCACGAGAGCACCAGUGCAUAUGAACAUGGGAUUUUCAUAUAUGUGUAUUUCCUGCCCAUCACCUGGAGGGUACAACUGACUAUAAUUUGAGAACCAUUGCUAUUGGCUAGGGAAAUUAUUUGGUUAUAACAUGAUGAAGCCACUGUCUAUAUCAUAGGUCAGCAAACUUUUUUUUCUGUAAAGAAAGCCAGAUAAGAGAUACUUUAAGCUCUGUUGCUGCUACUCAUCUCUCGAGUGUGAAAGCAGUCUCAGACAAUAUGCAAGUUAAUGAGCAUGGAUGAGUUCAAAGAAAAUGUUAUUUACAAAAACAGGUGGCAGGCUGAAUUUGGCUCCCCAUCAAUUUAGAUGUGUAAAGGCAUUCUGCAAUGCCUUUUGAGACUCAAGACUCAACUCUAAUUGUCUGAUAUAUGAGACUGACAGGCACUCCCCAAAUCAGAACAAAUUUAAGUGUGGUAGAUUAAAGCAGCCAUCUGUUGAAAUGAUAAAGAUGUUUUCUCUAAAUGACUGACUGAGCCAAUCAAGAUUGAACAAUUACUGGCCCAACUAACAUGUAGUCAGUUUUAUUGAACCAUGUUUGCAGAAAAAUCAGGAACUUGAAAGCAAAAAUGUGUUAGUAUUUAUCCAAUAUUGUGUGUGUGUAUGUGCCUGCAUGCGUGCAUGUGUGUGCGUGCAUGUGUGUGUGUGUGUGUGUGUGUGUGUGAAAAAGAUCGAAAAAAGAUUCGACUUCCCAAUGAUUCAUGAAGACCUACCUUAGUGGUCUGAAUGGAAUGGCUCCCAAGAUGGUCAGCCUCCAGUACCCCUUCUGUCAGUCUUUCUUUGUGUGUUGUCUUCCUUGGUUUGCUCUUGUAGAGAAGAAUCAUCCUGGACUGUGCUCAUGAAUAUUCAAGUCAUUGGAAAAAACACAUUCACAUUGUAAAAAAUAAAAUGAU